GCCAUGCUUCAUGGCGGGGGUCGGCGGGUGGUGGCGUCAGUGUGGCAGCCGACGCCAGACAAGCAGGUAGUGUGACCAACCCUCGCCACCAUGGUGUACCUUAACUUGUGUCCCGUCUUGCUCCUGCAGUUGACCUUUAUGGUUGCCACCAGUCAAGGCGCGCAGUGUUUCAACUGCACGGGCGUCAAUGGUACUCACUGUGGUGACCCCUUCAACGGUACACUUGUUGACAAGGAGACUUGUAACACUAAAGAGGAGACUGCUGGCUUUACGGACGCCGUUGUCUACAUCUGCUACAAAACAAAGGAAAAAAUUGAAGGUGGAUGGCUGUACAACAGAGGGUGUACAUGGAGCGGUCAAUACGGGUUGUACACUGACAAUUGUGUCUUUGUCGGAAACGCCACCUUUGAUGAAUUCUGCAUGUGUAAAGGUGACUGGUGUAACCCUGCUGAGAGGGCGAGAGCCAGUGCUCUCAUUGUUGCCUCAUACCUGUUGCUUGCCUACCUCCUUCUGGGGUGAGACGGGACCCAUAAUUUUAUCAGCCUUUACAAGUAGGCUAAUUACUACAUCGUAAUCUUUUUCUAUUUUAAUAAACUUUACCUCUG